GCCUCUGACUGGGCGUGUUGGCAGAAGGAGACGAAGAAGAAAGUGCCAACAUGGCGUUCACUCUGUACUCUCUCAUCCAGACCCUGAUUCUCUGCGUUAACGCCAUCGCUGUGCUGCACGAGGAGCGGUUUCUCAGCAAGAUGGGCUGGGGCGUGGACCAUGGAGUCGGAGGGUUCGGGGACGAUCCAGGAGUCAAAGCCCAGAUCCUCAAUCUCAUCCGCUCAGUCAGAACGAUCAUGAGAGUGCCGUUAAUAAUCGUGAAUUCUGGCUGCAUUGUCCUCUUGUUGCUGUUUGGUUAACACCAGCACCAAAUCUGUGGACCGGACAUGAGUCAACGAACAACUACACACAGACGCACACUAAAAUGUGUGUCAUCUAGAGACUUCUGCCGUCGCUGCUCUUCAGCAGCGCGGACAAUGUUUUCACGGUUUUCAGCGGAACAGAGGAAAAGAAGAAGCAGAGACAAACAUGUUCAGAGCUGAAACAUUAAAGGAUUCAGAGUUAACAAUACACCGUGUAUCAGCCGCUGACCUGCCUGUUGUCAGCGAGACGCCUCAUGGAACAGAUCUGAAAGUAAUGUGUGUUUUACAUGUUUCUUCACAAACACAUUGAAGUGAAUCUGUUUUAGUGAUUUCAUGAUAAUAUAAGUCAUGUUUUAUUUUAGAGUUAUAAAGGAAGAGCCUGUUACCUUUUUUAUAGAUAUGACAAAUGUCAGCAGCAGUAUUUCCUGUUUCACCACACACACACACACACACACACUACAUUGAUGAGAUGGACUCUGUAACAUAGCAGAUAUCAGUGUUCAGAUCUGCUUUCAACCAGCUAAAGGUGCUUUAAGAUGAUGUUUGGAGAUCUUAAAUUAUGCUGCUGCCCAAAUUUCUACCUGUAAUAUUUGUCACUUGAACACAUAGACAUCUGUAACAGACAGGAGGAAAGUCUCUUGGUCCUGCAGAACUUUGCUGGAUAAGAGCUGAAAGCUCAGUGUUUGAUUGAAUAUUUGUCAUGUGAUCUUGAAGCAAUACAGCCAAACCGAACACAAACAUUAUACCUUCUGUACUGUUUACACAUAAGUACCGUCCCAAUGUCACAGACAUGGUAUCUGAGAUGGUAUCUUGAAAUAUUAAAAUGAUUAUUUACUGUAA